AUGAAUAAGGAAGUGUGUGAAAAGUUCAAGAAUAUUUGGGAUGCUUUUCCCGAUACAUUGGACAAUAGUAAAAAUUAUCAAUUUAAUGAUUUUGUGCUUUUAAAUAAUAAGUGUAAUAAAGAUAAUUUUUCAAAUAAUUAUUGUAAUAAUAUUGAUUUUUCAAAUAGUUUUUGUGAUAUUAAUAAAUUUCAAAGUGAUUUCAAUAGAAUAAGUGCUGGAUUUUUAUAUUUGUUGGAUGAAUUCAUUAAGGAUUGUGGUGUGGCCCCCUCUCCUGCAAAAUAUAACAUCAAUAUUGUUGAUUACAUUUUGAUAUGGUUAAGUUAUAUGUUAAAUCUGAAAAUUAGUGAAGAAGAAAAUAUUAUAACGUGUUUUUAUAGUGAAUACAUAUUUAAUUGUGGUAAGUAUAAGACGCAAAUAAAUGAAUUAACUGAUUAUGAUAGUUAUAAGGAACUUAUAGAUAAAAAAUUGGAUGUGUUGAAUAUGGAUAGUAAUAAUGUAUCUAAAUUUUAUAAAGUAUUUAAAUCAUUAUGUGAAAUGUAUAAUGAACUUGAUGAUGACAAAACAAAAUGCAAGAAAUAUUUGGAAGAUGAUAAUGAAUUUGAUCAAAAAUAUAAAGAACUUAAGAAUGAUUCUGAUAUUGCUGAUAAAAGUCCAUAUAAAGAAAUAUUGUCUACUUUAUCAACUGAUUAUGAGAAUUUUAAAAAGGAAUGUAACGAUACUUCAUCCUCUACAUCGGAAGAAACAUUAAAAAAUCCUGAACAAAGAUCUGUAGAAGGUUAUAAACAAUUGUUUGGAGGAGAUUUUGGAGGAGAUUUUGAAGAAAUUUUUGGACAAGGUUCUGAACCGAGUUCUGAAGUUAUACCAUCAAGUUUGUCGAUAACAAACAAAUUAAUUCCAGUAUUAUUGAUAUUUGGUGCAAUACCAAUUUUUUUUGGAAUUUCUUAUAAGUAUUCGUUAUUUGGAUUUCGGAAGCGAUUUCAAAAAUUAAGAGAAAAGCUAAAAAAAUAA